UUCAUCUUGGCAGCUGGGCUUGCGUAGCAUUUUCAGGACUUCCAUCCAUGCCUUCUCGUCCUAGCAAGACAUUUCGGCCGUCAAGAGCACUGUUGCCUACCGUGCUCAGGCCACUUCAAUACGGGACAAUACGGGGUUGAUUCAAUAAAUUCAAGCGUCGAUCCCGUUGGAAAGCCGAGCUGGCACUCCCGUCGACGCGUCCCAUACGAUCGCCAAGCUCAGCUGCUAACCACAAAAGAUAAAAUGGCGUCUGUGACCCUUUUCAACCCAACCCCUACGCUGCCGGCGAUUAUAACCGAGCCACCAACAGCGCAGUUUACACCGGGCCCGGGAUGUGUCGACCCGGAAGACCAUUGGGUGGUGGUAACUAGCUGCUUUGCUAUUGCGCUCGAAGACGAUUAUGAAACCUACUCUUCUCCGGACUGGUUGACAUGCCAAGUGACGGAGUUUGGACCGCCGCCAACCGCUACAUCGUGCUUCGUGCCCUAUGAAGCUGCAACGGUGGUAGAUGAGGUGACCACUUACUACAGCGGCUGUCCCUCUGCUUACACCGCCGCCUCGACUUUUGCGUACUCGUACUCAGAGGGGGGUGAAGAGGGAGCCGAGAGGGUAGAAGUCGCUUACUGCUGCCCAACUCAAUAUGACUUCCAAGUCUACCAAGGUGAUGGCAUAGAGACUACCACCCAGCGCGAUGGUGUGGCAUGGAGUGUCGCAUACCCGCUGCCGGGCUGCGCGGCGUCGUACGUAGAAGAGCUCUCCGGCAAGGCACUUGCCGUGCAGACAGCAUAUAACACAUACGCCUGGGAGAAGCGACAGUUGGAAAAUGUGCCAUGGGACUAUGCACACGACACGCUGUUCGCAGAGUUGAUGCGCCAGACUUAUACCGUCUUCCAUAGCACUCACACGUGCUACGAGAUCGAAAACUGUUAUAGCUGGCGCGACUACUACUUUUCAGGCGGCCCAUUGCCGUCCUUUACGGUUCCGGAUAACGUUCCCGCAAUAACGACUUCCGUUGAAGAGCCAACAUCAACACCUACGUCGAGCGUAGACGAGGUCGAAACCCCUACUUCUGAAGAGACGUCUACAAUCGAAGAGCCUUCAUCCUCUGUUGAAGAGACUGGCGACCCCUCCACAUCCUCUGCGGAUGAAAAAAGUACUCCCACUGUGACCGGGGAAGACUCGACCCCCUCGACUUCGUCAGUUAAUUCAACGCUUACAUCGACGUUUAUAGCUAGCGGAAACACCAACUCUUCUAACUUGCCUUCAGAAACAACGUCUCCUGUACCAGAAGGGGGGGCCGGAGUAGUCGCUCCAGGCCGUCUCGUUAAGUUUGGACUUUUAUUAUCCUUGAUAGCACUAUAGGCUUACUUCGUUCCUAGUGGCCUAGGCGAACGGUUAUCGCUGUUAUUAAUGAUAUUAUGAGAUUAGGUGGCAAUGGGUAACGGUUCACGAGCUCUGGUUACGGGGGUUAUGUUCGGGGUGGAUGGCGAUAAAAGUUAACGGAAUCCUAUGUCAGGACACCCAUACGAUCAUAAUACUGAUGGAUUUGGCUCGGGCUACCGUCAACCCCGCGGAGGUUUUAAGUUGUUUAUUCCACGAACUACAGUCGAGAUAGUCUGGUAGUAAUUAGUGAUUACCACGAAGGAAAAGAGGCGAUCGUAAUCGUGAAGAUAACGUUGGUGACGGAUACGUGCACUUUAUCGUCCGAAGCGCGACGAAAACAUGUCAUUACCGAUUGGAUACCUUGACAAACAUGUGGUAUGUUAAUGAUUUGUCGGUCUGAGCUCCAAAUCCAUUUGCAAUCUAAAAAGAUGACUAUAUUAUUGUCAUAUAGGGAA